AUGCAGCAUUCUGCCGGGGCCGAGGGGUCCAACACGGUUGAAGAUGUGUUCUCUUCUCGCGGCAAACAGCAACACCAGCCAGCAUCCGCCACAGAGACAAUAUCCACCGGGGGUCGGUCGGUCGGUCGGUCGGUGGAGGUUCCCACAAUUUUCACGAUCAACGAUCAACGAUCAACGAUCAACGAUCAACAAUCAACGAUCAACGAUCAACGAUCAACGAUCAACGAUCAACGAUCAACGAUCAACGAUCAACGAUCAACGAUCAACGAUCAACGAUCAACGAUCAACAAUCAACAAUCAACAAUCAACAAUCAACGAUCAACAAUCAACGAUCAACGAUCAACGAUCAACGAUCAACGAUCAACGAUCAACGAUCAACGAUCAACGAUCAACGAUCAACGAUCAACGAUCAACGAUCAACGAUCAACGAUCAACGAUCAACGAUCAACGAUCAACGAUCAACGAUCAACGAUCAACGAUCAACGAUCAACGAUAAACGAUAAACGAUAAACGAUAAUUGAUAAACGAUAAACGAUAAACGAUAAACGAUAAACGAUAAACGAUAAACGAUAAACGAUAAACGAUAAACGAUAAACGAUAAACGAUAAACGAUAAACGAUAAACGAUAAACGAUAAACGAUAAACGAUAAACGAUAAACGAUAAACGAUAAACGAUAAACGAUAAACGAUAAACGAUAAACGAUAAACGAUAAACGAUAAACGAUAAACGAUAAACGAUAAACGAUAAACGAUAAACGAUAAACGAUAAACGAUAAACGAUAAACGAUAAACGAUAAACGA